UCAAGAACCCUUGGGUCAUAGGUCACUCAAAUCAAAAUGGCUGCUCCAUUGAUGUCUUUACUAUCCCCAGGCACAAUAAAACAUGUUGUUCCAUGGAAAAACAGGAAUGAGUUUUUGAAUGUCUACAGUGAUUUAUACAGUGAUGAUGUUAAUCUUCAAGAAAAUGCCAUAAACAGAAUUGCUGUUUGGAAGUCAAGGGCUGGAAGCAAGCUGUCUGUGGCUAUAGAGAGCAGUGCUAUGCUGCUGCAGUCAUGUAUGGAGCAUGAAAAAACAUUGAAAGAAGGAAAACUUCGGGAGAAGGAAAGCCAACUCAGAUCUAUUUAUAGUUUAGCUCUGAUAAGGUUUGUGAACCAUGUUACAGAGAAGGGACAGACAAAAGCCACAGCACAGCCAAUACAUUUGAUUGCCAGAGAUUUUGGCAUCCCUGAAUGGAUUGUACGGCUGCGUCACGAGGCCACACAUGCUUCCCUCCCUUGCCUGGAUGCCCUGGCCACAGGGGCACGCUGGGCAUUGGGGUACCUGAAAGACCAGUUCUGGGCACAGCAAGUCCCAGAUGCUGACAGUGAAGAGUGUGACAAGGACGUGGUGGCCAGGUCUCCAAGAUUUGCUGACAUACGCAGAGCUUUCUAUGACUUUCAGAAAGGCAGGUACCAGGAAAUCAGUUCUGAAGAUAAAGACAAAGAGUCUGGGGAUCACACAGAGGUUCUAAAAGUUUUACACAAGUAUCUCAUCAAAAACAGGUUAAGAUUCAUCAAAUGCCUUCUAGAGGAUGGUAUAUUGAUAUCAACAGAGGAACAGCUAGUAGCUUUGGGAAUAUCCAGCUCAGCUUUACUGAACAAAUCUCCACCCACUGUGCCUGUGGAGAUGGUCAACUUCUGGCGGCCAUUGUUGAAAAAACUUGACAAUGCUGGUGCUCUCCCCUUCAUGCUGCAGAUGGCCAUGUUUUCUGUGACAUCUGGUGAAGGUCUGCGCAACUACCAACUUGUGGCGUGGAUAGCUUUUAUUCUAUCUCAGUGUGAAGGUUCAAAAAUAAGGAGGAAAAAGUCCAAGUCAAGGAAACAUGACUCCCUGUUUAAAUCCCCUGUUGCCAUGCCAACUAAAACAUUGUUGACAGCUUGUCUACAAAACAUUAAUGGCUUCACAGCUCAUUUGUUGAAAUAUCUUGCAGAUAAAGAGAGUUUAGGUGCUGCAAGCUAUUCUAAACUGCUGAAACUGCUGGACAUUCAAACUAAAAGUAAUCUAGAUGUUUCCUCUUCUGAGGAUUCAGACACUGUCUAUACAAUUGAAGAUCUGAAACAAGCCAAACAAAAGCAUGUGUCUCAAUUAACCUCCAGUACAGUGCACAGCAUACAGACUAGCAUGGAGGAGAGUGGCAUCCCUUGGAAAAUUUGCACUGACCUAGUGGAUUGGUCCAACGUGCCUUUAGGUGUCAUCCCAACACAUAGCCUUAAUAACGAGGAAGAUGAUGAUGAAGAGGCAGAUCUUAACACAGAUGACAAAACUGACGGGUACAGCAAGGAGGCAAGCAGUGAGGAGCUGAGUGACUCAGAUGACGCAGGAGUUGGGAGGAAGAGGAUCAGUAAGGAGGACGUCAACGACAGCAAUUCAACACCAAAGCGGACAAAGUUCAUCGUUGAAGAUGAUGGCCUCUUAUAAAUACUCUGUUGUAUAUUUUAGUUUUUAAUAAAUGGAUGUUUCUGUCA